CUGCUAUGACUACGAUGUCAUUGUUUUAACAAGCAUACACUUUUAUAGUUCAUUUUUUACCAACACAGAUAUUUCUAAAUUAAAAUGUUUAAUAUAAACCAUUCUGAAUCUGCGGAUUUUAAAUUUGCGAAGCCUCAAGAAAUGAAGCCAAAUCGCUUGGAGGACCUGCCGCCCAACAUUUUGGAGAUGAUCAUGUCUCACUUGGACGUUGUCCACCAUAAAUUAUUGCGUGAAUUAUCGGAAGAGUUGAAACAAAAAAACGAUUCGUAUAUAUUGCAUUAUCACAAGUGCAUUGAGCAAUCCCAUCAGGAAAAGCCAAACGAAAGUGCCAAGGAGCGGAGUGUUAGGAUCAUGCUGGAGGUGCUGCGGCAAUCGUUCACAUAUUUCACCGAAACGGGCUUCAGGACGGACCUCGCAAGCAGCUUACUGCAAUUUGAUGGGGAGCUGGCCUUCGAGUGGCCCCAGAUAGACUUCGAUGAUCACCCAAAUCCUGAAAUGUUAAGCAGAUUCAUAGUCAAAUUCCUUGGACUAAGACUGCGACCGCCAAAAAAGCCAUCCAGUGUUGAGGACCCCUUACAACUUCAGGAAAAACGCCUCCAAUAUACGAUGGCAAUGUUGAACCUUCUGCGACAAUUCAAAAACCUUCGAAUCGUGGGAAUGGGCAUGUGCCUGUUGCAGUGGCAACUGCAGUUGGAGCUGCCCGACACCUUCUUCGGAAUGAUCGAAGAGCGCAGGGAAAACUCACGCACUUCUGACUCAAAGCGAAGAGUCUACCUCAUGUGCGUUAUCGCUGAACUACUUUUUUUCGAAAGGCUCAACCAAAACUAUUGUGGCCAUCGGGAGAGUGAGGGGGACGUAUUCACCUAUGGUAUUUUCCCAGAGGCAAGAACUAAAACCAGACAGAAGAUUGUGCUCAAGUUCGUGUUGCAGGCCCCGAGGAGAGUUGUCGAUCAGAUGCAGGAUAUCAUCACCGGAGUGGACGAUCAGAGCAGACCCUUCCACUUGCCACCAAAUUCGAAUUUUAUCGCACGAAUCGAGCUCAAGUGUGUUCGGGGUCCCCGAUACACGAUACAAGACACCAUGGACAUUAACAUUCUAAAGUUAAGUGAGCUCAGCUAAACUAAAAUGCAAUUAAAUUUUACUCUAGAAAAAAAUUA